AUGUCAGCUUCAGGCACAUCUAGCCCCAUCCCAUCCGGAUGCAAGGUAUUUUCAUCAUUCCCAGAUGCCCUGAUGGUUGGUGAAAUCGUUUUUGGUAGUCUGGUUUGGAUCCUUGUGGCUUCUACUGAUUUUCUACCUGAAGCUCAGGAAUUCCAAGGCUGGUUAAUGUUUGUCUCAGUCACCUGCCACGUUGUGACCACAUUGUUGCUGAUAAUUUACAUGUGUGGAGCUCAGAACCAUUCAUCAGUGUGGAUUACGUUGUUGGAUCUUGUUGUUUCGGUGUUUGCAUUCAUAGCCACCUUAUUUUACGCAGUGCACACGAUCGGCUCGAUGGUGAGAUGGAAACGAUCGUCCUGA